AUGCCAAAGAAGCUGGAUGCGGCCUUCCACGCCAGGGACGUGGGGGGGAUGAAACCCAACUGGGUCGGAGCUUCCCUCAUCAUCCGGUCAUGCGACAGGGUGCCUGUGCACUUUGACUGCGAGAAUCUGUGCAACGUCAGCCAGUGGGAUUCGAAAUCCCGUGGCCCAUCUCGGUGCCCCUAUGGCACAUAUCGCUACUACCACUACUUGCCCAGCCGAUGGCAUGCCUGCCAUGAACACGAAGCAUUUCUGAAGUCCAGCUUUUCGCAUGUGCAUUUGCAUCUGCCCGUCGUCGAUGAGGAAUACAGUGAGAUGGUCGCAGUCUACCAGUCCGCCCUCCGAGCACGCAUAUCAUUCAACAUAAUGGAACUUGGGGCGCGCUGGGCACCUUGGGCCACACGGGCCAUUGCCUUGCUCCGUCUUCGGAAUCCCCUGCCAUACCAGCUAUUAGCUGUGGAGCCAGGGCGAGUGGAGCCGAUGCUGCUUGCUCUCUUUCUUCGGCUCAUGUCCUUAAUAGACCAUCUGGAUCUUUUGCACAUCGACAUUCAAGAUAAGGAGCAGCAGCUGCUGAAGGAUCCAGAGGUGCUGGACGUUCUUGAGCGGAAGGUCUAUCGAAUUAUUCUUGCGACCCACGCAGAUUUUAUUGACGACUGCAUGUUGCGGACUUUCAGACACUGGAUCACGGUCCACUACCACCGUUACAGGGGAUCCGGGUGCUUGAUGCGCGCUGGCAUCAUGCGUGAGAUGUCCGGGCGCCCUGUGAUGCUGCCGCCACCUGGGCCGGAGGCUUGGACCCAGCUCAGGGCAGAGCCGGAAGAGCUUUGCUUUUACAAUUCUCCUCAAGGCAGGGUCGCCAACAUCGACGGAGGCUUCAUUCUGGACAAUCCGCGUUUUGUAAAUGCGUCGCACACGAUACGGAGCGCAUAA